AUGCAGAUGAUUCGCCCGAUCUUCCUUGUCUUCCUCAUCCUCCCCGUGACGGCGUUCUCCCCAGCAUCGUAUGACUACGUCGUAGUCGGCGGUGGAACUGCCGGUAUCGUGCUGGCGACGCGACUGGCCCAGAGGGAAUUCACCGUCGCUCUGGUUGAGGCUGGUGGGAGGUACCAAUCCAAGUCGUUUGCUGCCAUCCCAGCCACAGGUCCCCUUCGAGCCGGCUCGCAACCACACCUGAAAUCUUUGAUCGACUGGGGAUUUGUGGUCCAGCAUCAGCCCGGGGUCAACAAGCGGCUCAUCCACUACGCACGAGGGAAAUGCCUGGGGGGAUCAUCUGCCAUGAACUUUAUGAUCUAUCAAAGACCAACUCGCGAUUCUAUGGCCAAAUGGGCAGGAGCCGUCAACGAUAGCAGUUACACUUGGGACCAGGUCUUGCCGUAUUUCCAGCGCAGUGUGCAUUUUACUCCCCCGAAUGCAUCCGCUCGUUUCCCUAAUGCCACGGCCGGCUUUGAUCCCAGCGUGUACGAUCCGCACGGGGGCCCGCUCGAGGUGUCAUAUCCAAACUAUGCCAUGGCAUUUUCCACCUGGAUGAAACGCGGUAUAAAUGCCAUUGGGAUUGAUGACAUCCGAGACUUCAACGGCGGGUCAGUGAUGGGGGCCCAGUACUCGGCUGCUACCAUCCGGCCGCGCGAUCAGACUCGCAGUAGCUCGCAAACCUCGUUCCUGGAGACUAACCAACCCGCAUCAUUGACGGUGUAUCCCUACACUCUGGCCAAGAAGAUCACAUUUGAUGACCAAAAACGCGCCACGGGUGUGCUCGUCGCGAACCACUUUGGGGAGCUUUUCCGUCUGUAUGCCCGGCGCGAGGUAGUGGUCUCAGCCGGUGCCUUCCAAUCACCGCAGCUGUUGAUGGUGUCGGGGGUUGGCCCAGCGAAUAUCCUCCACGACCAUGGCAUCGAGGUGAUUGCGGAUCGACCGGGAGUGGGACAGAAUAUGUGGGAUCAUGUAUUCUUUGGCCCCUCGUACCGGGUCCGGGUGUUGACCUUUACGAACUUCACGCUCCGUCCCUGGUCCAUGGUCCAAUUCUUCCUCGAGUGGGCAAUCAGGCGCCGGGGUAUGUUUACGAGCAACCUGUCAGACUAUGUGGCGUGGGAGAAGAUCCCCAGUGGCUUGCGAUCCCGGUUCUCCAACGCAACCAGAGCCGACCUGGCCCGGUUUCCCCAUGACUGGCCGGAAGCCGAGUAUAUCUCUGCUCCGGGAUACAUCGGCGCCUUCUUGGACCCGUACUUCAACCAGCCCAAAGAUGGAUAUCAGUAUGCUGCCAUACUGGGGGUAUUGGUUGCUCCAACAUCUCGGGGGAAUGUGACGUUGCAGUCGGCGGACACUGCUCAGCUGCCCAUUAUCAACCCCAACUGGCUCGCUACCAAGACGGAUCAGGAGGUAGCCAUUGCCAUGAUGAAACGGGUUCGGCAAGCCCUCCAUAGUACGGCCAUGUCGCCGGUCAUCAUCGGCCCCGAGUGCGACCCGGGAGACGGCGUGAGCACCGAUGCGGAAAUCCUGGAAUAUAUCCAGAACCAUGUCAUGCCUAUCUGGCAUGCCUCCUGUACCUGCAAAAUGGGCACGCACGAUGAUCCAAUGGCGGUAGUCGACAGUCAAGCUCGUGUCUUUGGGGUGCAUGGUUUGCGCGUGGUGGACGCCAGUGCCUUUCCCCUGCUCCCUCCAGGACAUCCACAGUCCACCGUGUAUAUGCUGGCAGAGAAGAUUUCGGAUACAAUGACCGGAUGUCGUGGCUAA